AUGUGUUACGCGCCUCUUCAUCCAGCAAAACACUCCUGGGAAGUUCCAAGACAUAAUGUUACAAUCGAAAAAGUCAUUGGCAAUGGUUCUUUUGGACAGGUUGCCAAGGGAACGGCAGUAGGACUUCAAGGGAGACCUGAUACGACUACAGUGGCCAUUAAGAUGCUUAAAACUGACGCUGCUGAAUCGGACAAGAGAGAUUUGAUGAAAGAACUUGAAACGAUGAAGAAGCUCAAAAAACAUCCUCACGUCAUCAAACUUCUGGGAUGUGUUACAGAAUCUGAGGAACCUCUGGUACUGAUUGAAUAUGUUCCUUUUGGAGAUCUGCUUGGUUACCUAAGAAAGAGCCGUGGAUUAAAUGACACUUACUACAAAGACCCGGAUAUUAAACCACAAACGAAUCUGACGUCACAACAGUUGAUGAAGUUUUCCUGGCAAAUCGCCGAUGGCAUGAGUUACCUGUCCUCAAAAUCUAUCAUCCACCGAGAUCUUGCAGCCCGUAAUGUGUUAGUUGGAGAAAACGGAACAUGUAAGGUAACAGACUUUGGAAUGGCCAGAGAUGUGCAACAGGAAAAUAUUUAUGAACGAAAAACAAAGGUAAUACAAAAAUGGGGAGUACUCAGUUAUAUAACAUUCAGCAUAAUCACCUUACGCAAUAACUCUCGUGGCAGAGGUGACAUUUUCAUGGUUUCGAUCAUGGAAUCUCUGGAUUGGACCUGA